AGCCAUGCAGUGCCUCCUGCUCACCCUGGGCGCGGCCCUGGUCUGUGGCGUCUGGGCCAUCGACAUCCUCCAGACCAUGCAGGACGUGGAGCUCCCAAAGUUGGCAGGGACUUGGCACUCCAUGGCCAUGGCGGCCAGCGACUUCUCCCUCCUGGAGACGAAGGAGGCCCCUCUGAGGAUCUACAUCAGCUCGCUGCAGCCCACCCCCGAGGGCAACCUGGAGAUCGCCCUGCGCAAAUGGUCACAGAAUCAAAGCCCUUUCAGGGAGAGCAACCAAUGUGCUGAGGAGAAGAUCAUUGCAGAGAAAACCGAAAACCCCACCGAAUUCCAGAUCGACUAUCUGGAUGAGAACAGGAUCUUCCUGUUCAACACCGACUGCAGCGAAUGUUUGUUCCUCUGCCUGGAAAGCACCCCCAGGCAGAACCUGGCCUGCCAGUACCUGGCCAGGACCCUGGAGGCGGACGACAAGGUCAUGGAGGAAUUCAUCAGCUUUCUCCGGACACUGCCCAUGCACAUGCGGAUCUUCCUGGACAUGACCCAGGUGGAAGAACAGUGCCGUGUCUAGAUGAACUCCUGCUCGGUCCUGCCUCCUGGGUCCCAGAGCCUCGGCCCCUGUGCGGACGGAGAGGAUGUUGCCUUCCUGGGAGGGACGAGGAGGCCGAAGACCAAGGCGUGUUUCCUGGGACCCUGGGACCUCCUGGGCCUCGGCCUGGGGUCUCCUGUCCUAAGCUGUCCCUCUUUGAGCAAUAAAUA